AGUUUUUUAUAAGUUGUUUUGUAAUUCAGCAAAAGUUGAGAAUAAUUAAAAUUUGAAGUGUUACAAAAGACGAGGUGUCGGUUCGCAUGGGAUCAGUGUUCCGAGACUUCGGGGGUCGGAUCCUGUCCGUGCUGGACGUGCGGAGACACCCGGACUACAGGGUCGACCAGUACUAUCCAGAGCAUAACCUCGCUAUGGUUAAAGUGAAUCUUCCGAUAGCUGCUAACAGCCGCAUGCAAGCCGUGCCGUUACCCGAACCUGAUGCCGAUCUACCGUUGAAGUUUGGUGAAACUGUUGUUACCGGUUUUGGAUCCGUGAAAUCCGGUCAAAUCCGUGAAGGUGAGAACCAGGAAUUGAGGCGGAUGAUAGUUCGCGAGACGUCCCGCGCCGAGUGCCGCCUGCUGUACGGCAACGACUACCUGCUGCAGCACGACAACAUGUGUCUGCAGAGCGUCGUCACGGGAGUUGCGCUCUGUGCUGGCGACAUAGGCGACCCGGCGGUACACUUCAACGGCAUAAACCGAGCAGGGACGCUGUUCGGUAUCGCGUUAUUUUCCGGCACCGAGGAAUGCGCAGCCAAAUCCAAACCAGGAGUUUAUGCCAAGGUAUCAUAUAGUCGACUUUGGAUUGACAAAGUGUUAGGAGAAUUACUGGAACAUACGGAAAGUGCUGAGAGUGAAGAAAAUGUUAUUCCAGUUAAUAACGAUGAUGAAUGA